AUGGCUUCUGCUUCUCAUUCUCUCUGCCUCUUGCUUGUACUUCUCCCGCUUUCCACCGUCACCGCCCAAACUCCCGGUAACAUAAGCUUGGGCUCUUCUCUCUCCACCAACGACGAAAAUCGUUCAUGGGUUUCACCUUCUGGGGAAUUCGCAUUCGGAUUCUACCGCCUCCCAAGCACAGACCGCUUCUUGCUCUCAAUCUGGUUCGAUAAAAUACCCGAAAAAACUAUAGUUUGGACAGCGAAUGGAGAUUCUCCAGUGCAGGGAGGAUCGAAGGUCGAGCUGACAACCGACGGCCAGCUCGUUCUCACUGACUCUCAAGGCCGUGUGAUAUGGAGAGCAGAACCCACCAACGGUUCUGUAACCUCUGCUGCCAUGCUUGACACUGGGAAUUUCGUCCUUACGAGCAAAGACUCUGCCAUUUUAUGGCAGAGCUUCGACGUGCCCACCGACACCAUCUUACCUUCGCAGAAAUUGCGUUUCCGCAGCGAGCUUUCUUCUCGUCUAACGAAGACAGAGUACUCGAAAGGAAGAUUCCGGCUUCUUUUACGGGCAGACGGAAAUCUUGUAUUUUAUCUUGUAAAUCUUCCCACUGAAUACCGUUACAAUGCUUACUGGGUCAGCGAUUCUCAGCUGGGUUUCAAACUCUCCUUCCACAAUCCAAACAUCGCCCAGACAAAUGAUUUCUACCAAAGGACAACAUUCGAUUUCGACGGUGUUCUUAGGCAAUACGUCUACCCAAAGACCGGGUCCGGGUCCGGGUCCUGGUCUGCGGUGUCUUUUGAACCUCGCAACCUUUGCACCGCCAUUACAUCGGAUCUAGGCAGUGGAGCUUGCGGGUUUAACAGCUAUUGCAAGAUGGAUGAUGAAGAGAGGCCUAUUUGUUUAUGCCCGCCCGGGUAUUCUUUCUUGGAUCCGAAUAACACAUUCAGUGGAUGUAAACAGGACUUCGUUUCGCAAAGCUGCAGUUUGGGUGCGGAAGCUCGGUUCGAAUUGAGGGAGAUGGUUGAUACGGAUUGGCCGUUGUCUGACUUCGAACUGUAUAGUCCGAUAAGCGAAGAGAAGUGUGGUGAGUUCUGCUUGAGUGAUUGUUUCUGCGCGGUUGCUAUUUUCAGAAACGGUAAUUGCUGGAAGAAGAAGCUACCUCUGUCGAAUGGGAAGUUGGAUUCGAGCGUCGGUGGAAAGGCUCUGAUCAAAGUAUCCAAAGAUAUAUAG